AUGGGGACCCAAAACCCUGGGGGACAAGUGCGGACAGGGACCAACAUCACCAUCCGCUGCUGGAACAAGGAUUUGGGGGCCACUUUCCUCCUGCACAAGGAUGGCUGCUCAGCCCCUGUCCAGCACCAGAACCCUGAUGGUGGGGGCACGGCCACCUUCACCCUCCUUGGGGUGACUCCAGCUGAUGCCGGCACCUAUAGGUGCUCCUACCACAUCAAGGGCUACUUCCCCUUAAUGUCCUCCCCCCUUGGGAACAGCGUGAGUCUUGAGGUGACAUCCACACCGGCAAACCCAGGUGCUGAGGUGGAGUCCCAUGGGAAAAUGAUGGUGGCAGUGGUAGGGGGCUGUGCUGUCGCCCUCAUGUUCAUCCUCAUCAUCUUCGUCCUCCUCGCUGCCCGCAGAUGCCAGAUGAGGAGAGAUGAGAGUCAUGGUGCACCUCCCAGAAGGCCCGAGGCCGUGCAGCUCCAGGUACGCCCAAGUGACAGCGAGAGUCUGACCUAUGUUGAGCUGCAAGCUGAGCCCCCCAGCACUCGGCCCCCUGCUCCCCAUGCUUCCCCACAGCCCUAUGUUAUCUACGCUGAUGUGAGCACUGGGAGACCCUGCUGAUGUCCCCCAUUUUUGUGGACAAACACAUGGAUGUUGUGUGCCAUGUGCACUUCAUCUGCACAGAGUGCUGGUGUCUUGGGUGUGCUCCCAGUCACAUGUACACUGCAUGCAUGUGCCAGUGCAUGUGUUCAUGUGUAUUACAUGUGUGUACACCAUCACAUGUCCUCAAUUCAUUUACAAACCUGUGUGUUUCGUGCUCUGUGCCUCCAUGCGUGUAUGUGUGACAUCAUACAUGUACACUGAUCCAUGUACACAACACUGCACACGUGUGUCCUUACCGUGUGCCCCAUGUCUGCACCACAUCCGUCCCCACAGCAAACACCAAG